UAACAAUACGUUAAUUUUCCUUACCGACUACGCGCCCUCCCCUUUCCUUUUCCUUCUUCUUCAACACAAGCAAGAAAAAGAGAGAAAAAGAUUCAAUAUCUUUCUGCAUUUCAAAUCUGGGUUCCCAUUUUCAAUUUUCAUAGCCAUCCAUGACGUUUCCUUCAAGAAGAAGUUGCUCUCUUCACACAAUCUUCUUUUGCAUUUUCUUUCUGAUCGGUCUCUCGUUUGCUGAGGAAGCUUCUCACGACGGCGAUUCCCCCAAAUUCCCUGCCUGCGACCAUCCUUACAAUUUGGUCAAGGUUAAGAACUGGGUUAAUGGUGCCGGAGGUGAGACUUUGACCGGGAUAACUGCAAGAUUUGGAGCUCUUCUGCCAAAAGAGGAGAGAAAUGGUGUCAGAUUAACGGCUAUUUUCUCUAAUCCGUUAAAUAGCUGUUCGCCUUCUUCUUCCAAGCUAUCUGGUUCUGUUGCCAUGGCUGUGCGCGGUGACUGUGACUUCACAACAAAGGCUAAAGUUGCUCAGUCCGGAGGUGCAGCAGCUUUGUUGGUGAUAAAUGACAAAGAAGAGCUUGCCGAGAUGGGUUGUGAAAAGGAUAGUUCUGCCCAAGAUGUAUCAAUCCCUGUUGUACUGAUUCCAAAGUCAGGGGGUGAAUCUCUGAACAGAUCUGUUGUGGAUGGACAGAAAGUGGAGCUUCUGUUCUAUGCACCCGUUCGUCCUCCAAUGGAUUUGUCGGUGAUAUUCUUAUGGAUGAUGGCCGUCGGAACAGUUGUCUGUGCUUCACUUUGGUCUGAGAUAGCUGCUUCUGAGGAGGCCGAGGAGCGGUAUAAUGAAUUGUCACCAAAGGAAACUUCCAAUGUCUCAGCAUUCAAAGACAACGCUGAGAAAGAUUUCCUUGAUAUUGAUGUGAAGAGUGCAGUAGUUUUUGUGAUAACAGCAUCUGCAUUUUUGUUGCUACUUUACUUCUUCAUGUCAAGCUGGUUUGUCUGGCUGCUGAUCGUACUCUUCUGCAUUGGUGGUAUUGAGGGGAUGCACAAUUGCAUAACAACAGUUAUUUUAAGAAUAUGCAAAAACUGUGGGCGGAAGAAGCUAAAUUUACCUCUUCUUGGAGAAACUUCUCUUUUAUCACUUAUUGUAUUAUUCUGCUGUGUGGCAUUUGCCAUUUUCUGGGCUAUAAAUCGGCAGGCAUCGUAUUCAUGGGCUGGGCAGGAUAUUCUUGGCAUUUGCUUGAUGAUAACUGUCUUGCAGGUGGCUCGAUUACCUAAUAUUAAGGUUGCUACAGUACUUCUUUGUUGUGCAUUUGUUUAUGACAUCUUCUGGGUCUUUCUGUCACCAAUAAUAUUCCAUCAGAGUGUUAUGAUUGUGGUUGCUCGAGGUGACAACAGUGGCGGGGAAACUAUUCCGAUGCUUUUAAGAAUCCCUCGAUUUGCUGACCCUUGGGGUGGUUAUGACAUGAUUGGAUUUGGCGACAUUCUUUUUCCUGGCUUGCUUGUAUCAUUUGCUUUCAGAUACGACAAAACAAACAAGAAGGGUAUAGCAAAUGGAUAUUUUAUUUGGUUGACAGUUGGCUAUGGAGUCGGUCUUUUCCUGACGUACCUGGGCUUAUAUCUGAUGAAUGGGCAUGGUCAACCUGCACUCCUCUAUCUUGUUCCUUGUACUCUAGGAACUUGUGUCCUAUUGGCUUUAGUGCGAGGAGAGCUGAAAAACCUCUGGAAUUAUAGUUCUGAAGAAGCUUCAUCAAGGGUUUCUUCUGGCGAUGCAUGAAGCUGUAGACCAGUUAUUUCUUCAUAAGCUGCAAGGGAAAUUACUCUUAGAACACCUAAAGCUAUACAAGCGGGCUGAACGUCUAACUGCAUUUCUUCUUGAAAUAUUGCAUUGUAAUUAAUUCACGUGUAUGUACUUCUACAAUUGUUGCCAGUCUUGAUAUAUUGUGACAUAUAUGAUAAAAGAAAAUCGUAAUUAAUUUUGUUUACAAA